CCCACACACACACACACACACACACACACACACACACGCCGAGAGAGUGUUGGCGGAUUCUUUAAGUUCAGGCCUGAUCGUUAUUGGUACGGGCCUGUGCUUUUGAUACGGGCGUUGCUGCUCGCAGUCGCGACGUCCAUCACAGACGAUCCUUUCGAGCAACUCGUUUGUUUCGGUAUCGUUCUCACCGUGUUUGUAGUUAUUCAUACGUCUCUCGCUCCUUACUUGGAUAGGCUGGUGAAUUGGCUGGAGACGCUCGAACUGAUUGGAGUUCUUAUAAUUGUGACGUUGGCUUUCAGCCUCCUACCACCCAGUACGUCGCUGUCACGGUCCAUGGUCGGACCAGCGUUGAUCGUCUUGAUAGGUAUCAUAUUGUUCGGCAGCCUGCUUCUGGUAGUUGCGCGUCUGAUCUGGAAGGCGCAGCGAUCGCACGGAAGCCCUGAUGAGGAAGAGGACACGCACACCCGUUCAAUGCGUACCGAUUUAGAAGAAAAGUUGGUCCCUGCGUUCAUGAUUUUCGCUGGAACGAGCAGAGAGGAGCUCAUUGACCUCCUCAAACACGCAACCUACAUAGACAGGAGACGAUUACAUCAAGCUGCAGAGCUCAUAUUCCAGGAGCUGUGCCAUCUGCAGAGUGUUGGCGGACUCUUCGCAGCUGCCCGGCUACCUACGUCGAUCAUGCGUGGGGGGUUAUACGAGGCGAUGCACCCCUCGAGGGUCAUCGUAUUAUGUCGGAACGCAAUGGCAACCAUCGUCCAGCGCAACGAGAUGUUGGAGGCCCGGUUGACCACGAGGGAUUCCAGAAUUAGGAUGUCUACCGGCACAGCGGCAUUUGGGCUUCACAUACAGCUAGACGCCAAACAGAAUGGUGACGCUGAAAUGCUCCGCAACCCCAGCACCCCAAUAGAGGAACGGGAGAUGGGACCUGCAGUAUCAGAUGUGCGUUCGACCGGCUCUUGCGAGGCGCCGCGCUACAAUGUGUCGGUUCACAGCUCAAAUCUGUCGGUGUAACUCUGAGCUGCUGCAGCUUGCGCUCCUCUCCUGGCUGACUCCUCCAGGACAACAGCACCGCAGAUGGCUCGAAUAGACGGCAGAGCAAAAAGC